CAAUAAUAGCAGCAAUGAUAUAGCAGCAAUAAUGACAACUGCUAUAGCAACAAAAGAAAAAGCAGAAAAACAAGAAGAGCCUCAAAAAGAACAAAUAAAGAUAUCAGAGUGUCAAGCUCUAAACAACAUAAAAAAAAUUGUAGCCAAAAGUAGAUACCACAGCAAUGAGAUAUCGGAAACAGAUGAUGAACUUGCUGAUGAUAAAAGAAGAAAAAUGAUUCAACAUCUUCUUGAUGAUGACCACAAUAAUCAUGUG